CUCACUGACACUCAUCAGGCUUCUUGUGUUCCUUUCUUCUGUGUACAGCAUGUAUACUAACUCUGCGUGCCCGGACCCUCUAGGGUACAUGGAAGAGGAUGAUGCUGAUGACUAUGAGAACACGGCCCCACCCUACAAGGACCUUCCACCCAAGCCAGGGUCCAUGGGUGAGGAUGAUGAUGAUGACUAUGAGAACACAGCCCCACCCUACAAGGACCUUCCACCCAAGCCAGGUUUGAUUGCUCCGCCACGGCCCCCAAGGGCAGAAAAGAAAUCAGAGAACCCUCCACUUCCUUGCAAGCCCCCAAAGAAAAUAGGCCUGGACCUCACCCCUGUCCCCUGUGUACCUCCUCAACUGGGCAUUGAUCUGGAGCCUCCUCCAUUUCAGCCAUCCCUAGCUGCAACUCCAGUGCCUUGGCUCAGUCAGAAGUCUGGAAGUCCUGGGUGCUGCCAGGAGGAGAGACUAAUGGUGUACCUGUGUGUGCUGGUGGUGGUAUCACUGCUCCUGGGCUGCAUCAGUCUGACUGUGACACUGAUUAAGUACCAGGAGGUGAUGGAAGAACUGAGGAUGUUAACCUUUCAACAGAUGGUGUGGCAAGCAAAUGUGACUGGCAUGGCAGGACUAGCUGGUCUGAAGAAGGACAUUGAUCGUGUCAGAGCAGGCACCAACCAGUCCCUGGUGGAACUUCGGGGCUUAUUAGAAUGUACCAGAGUCACCUGUCCUGAAGGCUGGGUCCCUUUCGAAGGCAAGUGUUACUACUUCUCCCCAAGCACCAAGUCAUGGGAUGAAGCCCGGAAGUUCUGCCAGGAGAAUUACUCUCACUUGGUCAUUAUCAGUAACUUUGCUGAGCAGAAUUUUGUGGCCAAGGCUCACCGCUCCCCACGGGUCUACUGGCUGGGACUGCAUGACAAGCACAAAGAAGGGGACUGGAGGUGGCUGGAUGGGUCACCUGUUACAUUAAGCUUCUGGGACCCAGAGGAACCCAACAACAUGAAUGAAGAGGACUGUGCCAGCAUGAAUAAAGGUGGCAGCUGGAAUGAUCUCUCUUGUGACAAAACUACAUAUUGGAUUUGUGAGAGGAAAUGUUCCUGUUGAAUCUUAAAGAUGAGAAUCUUCUGCUCUUUCAUAAAAAGUCUUGCCUCUUCAUGGACUGACAUGGGAUGUGCCCUAAACAUGUCAUGAUCAGCACCCUGGGUGUAGUAAGGUCCCAGAGACACAUGUCAAGUCAUUACCAAGGUGAAGACCUGGAUUCACCCAAAUAGAUGGUGAGCUGGAAGGAUGUCCAGGGCUUGGUCUCCUCAUUCUGGGGUCUAAAGGACAUUCACCAUGUUUCUGAUCAUGGUUCUUGGGAAAUGAUGCUGGCUCUGGGGGCUCUGGGUCUGACAUUGAAACAGAUGAAAUAUUCAGACUCUGCAGAACCAGAAUGAACUGAGACUGGGCUCCCUUAUUGACUAUAUGAUAUGGACCAACUUCUGGGAAGUGGAUAAGGCAACAGUGUUUUUGAUAAGCAAUUUUCCUGAUGUCUUAGAUGAGGUUUUCCCAAGCCAGGUGCCAAUACCUGGCCCAUGGAACUUCUAGAAAGGUAUAACAGCUAAAUAGCAAGACCUCAACACAGGUCAGAUGCACAGGGCAGUGAUGGAGAUAUCUGCCUAUGUGUACCUGGACUGACUGUGUGUUGUGAAGAUCUUUGAUGACAUAAUUCAGUUUAUUUCUGUGUGGACUUUCUUGGGGUAUUAGCUCUUGGCAAUGUUAGUGCUUCUCAAAAUGCCCCUUUGUUAGGUGGUCCUUGACCACUAUGUAUUAACUUGCUAGGGUUGCCACAACAAAGUACUGGGUGGCUUAAAUGACACAAAUUUAUUUUUUUCUCAGUUCUGGAGGCUGGAUGUCUAAGAUCAGGAUGUGGAUGAAGUUGGUUUCUUUGAGGCUCCUUUC